AUGCAGGCAGAGGAGCCAGUGCUGUCUGCUCCUAAUGGCUCACGUCUGACCGCCGCCCUGUCACAUGGCAUCUGCAGACGCCGCCGCGCCACGCCGCACGCCUCUCCAGGAGCUGCAGCUGACAGGCGGGAGAGGUGCACUCAGGGUUUAAGUGUGCCCAAGAGCACGCUGUCUGACAGGAAGCCCAAAGAGGGAAACACUCGUGGUUUAAGAUCUCAGUUGAAGGACAGUGUCCCGGUGACGGGGCUUUCUCCUCAAGCAGGAGCCUAUGGCGUCCAGGAUACGAUGCGCAGGGGAUUCUCCAGUGUGAAGAAUGAACUGCUCCCUAGUCACACACUGGAAAUUUCUGAGAAGAAUUUCCAGCUGAACCAAGACAAGAUGAACUUCAGCACUCUCAGAAACAUUCAGGGCCUCCACGCACCACUAAAACUGCAAAUGGAGUACAAGGCAGCCAGACAGAUCCAACGCUUACCGUUCCUGCAAAGCUCAAACCUGGCCCUUGACACAUUGCGUGGGAGUGAUGACACAAUUGGCUUUGAGGACAUCCUCAAUGAUCCAACACAAAGCGAAAUGGUUGGAGAGCCUCACAUGAUGGUGGAGUACAAGCUAGGCCUGCUGUAAUCAGAAAUGGAUUGCAUUUAAAUAAUUUCUAUUUGAACUAAAUUUGUUGAAUCAAUUGUACUUCAUCUGCAGACAGUCACUGUACACAAACUUUGAACCUUGUAUUUGUAAUAAAACUGUUCCAUAUCUA